AUGUGCAGAUUAUAGGAUCCUGAUUUUAAAGGGGUGAGGCGGCAGCUUAAUGGAAGCUGCUAGUUUGUGUUAGUUCCAUAGGAUUUGUAGGUAUGGGAGGGGGGUGGUUUGGAAUAGGCGUAUGGCUGAUUUUGAUUAAUAGUGGCGCUGUCUGUUGCGCCCAAAUAGGGAUUUGGAAGGUUAACCCACUUAGUCAUCCUAGGCUGGAUUGUGGAACGCAGAGUCUGCAGUACAAUAUUCCUGUUGCCCCCUGGAAGGAUCUUCAUGUGAGACUCACUGCUUUAGACAAGCUAGGGAUCCCUGUGGAGUUGUCCAACAGCAGCGACUGUGGGGUAUGGAUCAGUACAAACUGGGAUGGUUCAGUUGCUCUCAGUGCUGAAUAUGAUGGAUGUUAUGUUCAUCAGCAGAUCUAUGACCAUGUAAUGACCAUUUCCAUUGAAAAAAGAUAUUCUUCUGGAAAGUGGCUUUCCCCGAAGAUUGAGGAGCUCAGAUGCCCCACCUUGCAAGCUCUUAAGACAUUGGCUUCUGACCAGUGUUCUGCUGUCCAAAAGAGAGAGCGAAUUUCUUGUUCCGAUCAUCCUAUCUCCCAAGAUGACUGUCAGAAACAGCAGUGCUGCUUUGAUGCAACUGACAAAAAUAUCCCUUGUUAUUAUGGAGGAAAAGUGACUGUGCAGUGUACCCAAGGACAAUUCUCUGUUGCUUUGUCGAAAGAUAUCACCCUACCACCCCUCAAUAUGGACUCUGUCUACUUAAUGAAAGGACAAGGUGCUGCCUGCAAGCCUGUGGUGAAAACCAAUACUUUUAUCCUUUUCCAGUUUCCUCUUUCAUCUUGUGGUUCAAUAGUCCGGGAAAUGGGAAACACAGUGAUUUAUGCAAACAAUCUGAUUCUGGAAACUGAUAUGACAAACCCAAUAGAUGUCCUCCUUUCCACUGACAGAACUUUGCGGCUGCACAUCAAGUGCCAUGUUCCUUCCACUGACCUGGUUAAUGAACAUGCACUCUCUCUUCCAACCCUCACUUCCUCCAUGUAUGAGAAUCCACUGAGGUUACACAUGACAAUUACUAAAGAAAGACUAUCUCCUAAUGGUGUUCCUAUGAAUGGUACCAAGCUGGUAUCCUCCAAAGGGGUUGUUUUCCUCCCAGUUGAUGUCUCUCCAGGUUCUCCUGUUAGUAAGAGCCCACUAGACAAACGAGGGAUUAGGAUAGCCAUUGUGCUUGGAGUUACUGCAUUUGUAAUCCUGACAAUUGGACUCUGGCGACUUCUCAGAAAACAACCUACAUCUCAGUCUGUGUCUGAAAGUUCAAUCAGCUAGAACUACUGAAUUCUCUUCUCUUCCACUACUCUGUAGAUUUUAUGGUAGAAACCAUAAGAACUGGCUCUUCAGACUCCUUCCACAUAAUCACCAUCUACUUGGAAAUAUGAUAAAAGAAAAAGUCUUGAAAACAUUGGAAAGAUGGUUUAAAAAAAAAAAAAAAUGUAUCUUGCCACCCCAAUGAUAUUGGAUGUACUGCCCCUUGUAAGCAUGUUAUUUGCUUUUUGCAGAGGCUGAAUAGAAAAAUGAAUACUUAAAAAAAUAAACUGAUUUAAAAAAA